AUGGGUAACUGCUGCGCCAUCCCCUCCGCCUUCUCCUCGGAGAAGAAGCAGAAGAAGCAGAAGAAGCAGAAGGAGAGAAGGAACCCCUUUUGGACGGGGAGCAAGAGGAAGCCCGCCGCCGCUCAGAGCAGCCUCACGGUGCUCAAGGAUCCCACGGGGAGGGACAUCGCCGCACGCUACGAGCUGGGUAGAGAGCUCGGGAGAGGCGAGUUCGGAGUCACCCAUCUCUGCACAGACCGAGUCUCCGGCGAGGUCCUGGCCUGCAAGUCCAUCUCCAAGAAGAAGCUCAGGACGCCCGUCGAUGUGGACGACGUGAGGAGGGAGGUGGAAAUCAUGAGGCAGCUCCCCGUCCACGCGAACAUCGUCACCCUGAAGGACACCUACGAGGACAACGGUGCCGUCCAUCUCGUCAUGGAGCUGUGCGAGGGCGGCGAGCUCUUCGACCGCAUCGUCUCCAGGGGCCACUACACCGAGCGGGCCGCCGCCGCCGUCACCCGGACCAUCGUCGAAGUUGUGCAGGUUUGAACGCGUCGUCUGCCCUAAUUCGCUCUGCACGGACGAAGCGGAAAAAGUUUCUCAUCUCCUAAUCUUUGUGGGUCCGUUCGCAGAUGUGCCACAAACACGGGGUGAUCCAUCGCGACCUCAAACCAGAGAAUUUCCUGUUCGCCAACAAGAAGGAGACGUCUCCCCUUAAGGCCAUCGACUUCGGGUUGUCCGUCUUCUUCUCCCCCGGUGAGCCCUCUGAAACCCGCCCUCCUCCCAUAGCGCCGCCGCUGCUGCUCUUCCCGGUUUAUUGAGAUUUCUCCCUUCUUCCUGCAGGCGAGAAAUUUUCUGAAAUUGUGGGAAGCCCUUACUACAUGGCCCCAGAGGUCCUCAAGAGAAACUACGGCCCCGAGAUCGACGUCUGGAGCGCCGGAGUGAUCCUCUACAUUCUGCUCUGCGGUGUACCGCCGUUCUGGGCCGGUGAGCUUCAUCUUCCUCCUUCCUCCUUCCUCAGAUUCUACGGGAUCCAUGUUUCCUCAGAUGUGAGUUUCUCUCUCCUACUCGAUCCAGAGUCCGAGCAGGGAGUCGCCCAAGCAAUCAUCCGAUCUGUGGUCGACUUCAAGAGAGAUCCAUGGCCGAUGGUAUCCAAUAAUGCCAAGGACCUGGUCAAGCGGAUGCUCAACCCCGAUCCUGCGAAGCGAUUGACUGCCCAGGAGGUCCUCGGUGAGCUCCCUCCCUCCCAAACCUGGGAAAAUCUUCUGAGAGCACCUUGCUAGGGCUUGUUAUAUCCGAAGUGGAGGAGCGUUCGUUCUUGAUCUGGUUCUGAGCCAAACCUCUGGUUCUCUGCAGAUCAUCCGUGGAUGCAGAACGCCAAGACGGCUCCGAAUGUUCCUCUCGGCGAGACUGUUCGCGCCAGAUUGAAGCAGUUCUCCGUGAUGAACAAGUUCAAGAAGAUUGCUCUCAGGGUGAGCACCAAGAACAUCACUCCAUAUUUUCUUGCUCUAUCAGAAAGAAAAAAAAGAAAAAAGAAUCUGAAAACACCAUCUCUGUGGAUGAUCCAGGUUGUGGCGGAGCAUCUGUCUACGGAAGAGGUUUCAGGGAUCAAGGAGAUGUUCAAGAUGAUGGACUUGAACAACGACGGCGCCAUAACCCUCGAGGAGCUGAAGAUCGGCCUCCACAAGCUCGGGCAACACAUUCCAGACCCCGAUGUGAAGAUAUUAAUGGAAGCUGUAAGCAUCCUGCCGGCAGUCGAACAGUUCUUCGAGCGAUCGAGCGCGCCCAGUCGCUUAAUCCCGGAUUUUCUUCUCUUCUUGGUUAAUGGCAGGCGGAUGUAGAUGGUAACGGGAUCCUGGACUACGGAGAGUUCGUCGCUGUCUCAGUUCAUCUGGAGAAGAUGGGCAACGAUGAACACCUUCGUCAAGCCUUCGCGUACUUCGAUCAGAACCAGAGCGGAUACAUAGAAAUCGAGGAGCUUCGGGACUCUCUCGCCGAUGAAUUGGGGCCGAACAACGAGCCCGUCAUCAACGCCAUCAUCCACGACGUAGACACAGACAAGGUCGACGCCUGUUCUUCUUCCUCUUCUUCUUCUUCUUCCGGAAGAGAUCCUGACGAUUUCCUCCAUUGUUGCAGGACGGGCGCAUCAGCUACGAGGAGUUCGUCGCGAUGAUGAGGGCCGGAACGGAUUGGAGGAAGGCCUCGAGGCAGUACUCGAGGGAGAGAUUCAACUCCCUGAGCCUGGAGCUGAUGAAGGACGGAUCACUGAAGGUGCACAUGUGA